GUGUCCCUUUCCUUCUUACCACCAUCAUCUUCUCCCUCAUACUCCAGCGUCGUCUUUCCCUGGUCUCCUCUUCUCCUGAGCAAGAUAUUGUUGGAGUCUCGCCAUGAACGUUCGCUCAAUUCAGUUUGGUCGGGGUCGACACACGUCAACAGUACAACAAUCAACAACAAAAUAGUUAGGUACCGAUAUUAUCUGGGAGUCGUGACGCGUCGUGAUGUAAUUUGUAGUGUUCUCAAACCCAACGUGUAUCACCCCACAUUCUUCGUUGGUGACAUAGCUUUAAUGGGGUCAUGUCUGCCUCUCCCCAGAUCUCCGCGACCUACCGAUGGGCGUGUCAUCAAGGCGGGGAUGACCUUCCUGUCGAAUUCUUUUUCAAUUUGGAUUACAAUACGGGACCUCAGUUGGGCAUUGGAUGGGCAUCUAUAACGGCUGGAAAUGGUACUCGAAGCAGCUCACAGACGUCGUAUCUUGGGCCGACACUCAUUGACUGGCCCAAUUCGUAUGUCCCUAUUCACGCCCAUGUUACCCGGAUUCUCCCAUCCGGUAACACGAAUAUAACGUUUGUUGCCCUCGAGUUUACUCACGAUGCUGGAGAUAUCAUUCUUUCUGCUGGAGUCAUUGGAACGCCGCAUAUACUCUUUCAUUCUGGCAUAGGCGACAGCAGCGAACUCGUAGAUCUAGGAAUCCCAUCUAUUCUGAACCUCAGUGACGUCGGCAAGAACUUGUCCAACCAUGUUGGGCGGGACAUUCUGUUCAUCAUUGACGACGCCAAGGCGGUUGAGAACGUUUACUUCGAAAACGCAGCAUUUCAACGUGAUCCUUUGGCGUCGUGGCAAUCUAAUCGAAUGGGUUUCUUGACAACGGGCUUGAUAAAUCAGCUCGGAUUUCCUCGCAUACCCAAUAACACUGGUGGUUGGCACGAUGAGCCGUGUGCGGGGAUUGAGACUGCUUGUUACGAACUAGUAUUU